GCGGCAAUUAACGGCAACGCGGCUUAGCGCGCGCGAACUCUGCCGCGCGUUGAGAUUCAUGAAAACUAUUUCCCAGUGAAUUAGAUGUAUAAGAUCUUUUCAGUCUAUGAAUGCGAUGGCAUGACAUUAUUUCUAAAGCCGUUGUCUUUCUAAUUUCUGUGAUUGUUUGGAGGUUAUCGCUACGCCUACUAUCGCAACGAAUUCCUAGUUUUUCUGGACGGCACAAGUACUUUUCUAAGCGUCUCAUAAACGAUGAUGAUGCUUUGAACAGGCAUCGAUUGAAUAUCUCCAAACAUAUGUAUUCACAGCUGCGUAAACAAUCUGAUCAUUUUAGUCCCUUGGAAAUUCGAAUUAUUGCCUCCGACAGAAGACAAUCCUAUCUUUCUCAGGUAAUUACUUUCUUAGUGGAUGCUUACCAAUCUCAAAAACAGCUCUCACCCAGCCUUGAAAUUUGCAAUGUGGAACCGGAAAUCUUCGAAGAAUUACGUCAGUUUCAGUUGCAUGUGCCAGUUAGGACAAUCGGAAGAAGAAGCUCGCGAAGUUCUACUCUAGAUGAGAUCAUCGUCAAAGAAGCGUUAGACUACUGGAAAUGUCUAAAUCGUACUACUAAGAAAAGAUAUGUUUUGCUGCUUGAAGAUGAUGCACUCGUUAUUCCCGAUUUCGCUAGAAUGUUGUCAUCGCUAGUGGAGCAACUAGAUGUACAUGAUAGAAUUGAUUAUGUGAAAAUGUAUCAUCCAAACCAUCUGAGGAAGAUACCCUCAAUUCCAUUGGGUAUCACUCUAUGUUUUGUGUUCUGCUGUACAUACUGUUUUGCAAUUUAUCGACGGGUAUUGUUGUGUUGGAUUCUAGUCACCUCUAUCAUCUUGUUUCUUGAACUUCGCUCUUAUGGUUCACAGUUUAUCGCUGAUCUACGCUAUCAUCUUACCAAAACGACUUAUAUGAGCAGCACGGAAUCUUGUUGCACUCCAGCAGUGCUUUUCCGAACAUCAAAGAUAGAGGAGAUCGUCUUAGAGUUAAAUGAAGAGACAAGAAAAAACGCGCGUGUUGGGCACGCCAAAGACCAUAUCUUAGAUGAAUCACGUUUUGUUGGGAGACAAACCGAUAUGAACCUUGUCGUGCAUAUUGGGGCUUAUAGCUCCGUUCGCAAAAGAAAAAUCAAGUUAGAUUGAUUAGGAAUGAGACAUCUAAGCUCAGUCAUCAUUUUGGAUUAAAGAAACUCUUUGUGACUUUAUAUUUAUGCACGUGCCUUAUCUAAUCAAGGAUCCAUGUCAUGUAUUGCCUGAGUAAAGGCAGCAUCUUUCUACACUUCAUUAUUGCUUUUAA